AUGCUGGAAGGAGAAGUGAAAAGCCAGCCUAUCGUAGAAAAAAUAAAAGAAAACCAAGUUAUAAUGGACGAUCUUCAAGAAAUAAUCGCAGAGCUUUCAAGCAGUGCUGUAAAAGCUGAUACUUUGCUAGAAGAAAUAGUUUCCCAAGCCUGAAGAAUGAUUUACUCUGCUUAUCUUUUUGACCAUUUUGCCUUUAUCCUCACUUUUGCCAGAAUUCAGCUUGAAUCUUAUCUCCAAGAAACCUUCUUGAGGAGAGCAUUUAGCCUUAUUUGAAGAAAUUUUCAAUAG